AAUUUUUCAAUAAUCUGAAUUAACAAUCCAUAUUUCUUUAAUAUGUAAUUUACAACUAUAUGUCUAUUAAAAAUAAAUAAUAAAUUCUGUAAUCUGUUUACGCGCGCGAACAUUUUUCUUAACAAUUUUCGAAUGUUUCUACUAUAUAUAUUCCGCGGUACGACCGUGAUAUAUUCUGAUAUGUAAGAAAAACAAACUGAUAUGGAUGACAGAUGAGGAAAAUCCGUCGUAACUUAACCAUGUAACCAAAAUAAUUUCUAACGUGAAAAUUAUAUUAAUAUGUCAUGCAAUAUAACACAAAGAACACUACAUAUUUUCUUUUUAGAAUAUUAGUAAAAAGUUUGAAUUAUGUCAGAAAAGAUCUGUCAUCCUGAUCAGUAUAAACUCAAUCAAAUACUCGAGCAAGUGAAAGCUCUUUCAGAUGUAGUGAACGAACUUAGGAUGGCAUUAAACGAUUUGAAAAAAGCAUCCGUCAACGUGAAUCGUGAGACAGUUUUUUUUGAGCCUAUAAAAGAAAAUAACAAAGUUGAUUAUGUCAAACCGACUGUAUUGCAAAAUAUGAAAACAUAUUUUAGUAAUACUGGAAUUUGUACGAGGAUCGAUGAAACUCAUCAAAUUGCAAAGAAUACCGAGGUAUUCAUAGCUUGGAAAUCUUGCUCAACUUCUCCGAAUUAUGUAGUUCAUUGUAAGAGGAAAAGGGAUCAUAAGCCAUCGGAGCAUACAAUCAGAUCCUUAACAAUAUAUGGUGGACUGAAAUUCUUUAAGAAUAAAAUUAUAAAAAAUAUACAAAGCUUUCGAAAAACUAGAAAAUCCCCGAAAAGCACUAAGCACCAAUGUGUGACGUCCAAUCAACAGCAAUUGCAAAUAUGCGUUCUGCAAAAAGAGGAAAAGCAGAAGUCUCUCAAAGAUACAAAGAACGAGGACAUAACUAAAGACACUGAUAUAAGCGAAGAAUUAAGUAAUUUGGCGGACACGUCAUUAUCAUCCAAUGCUUUUGCACAAACAGAGAUUGCUACAUGCUCAUGGCAAGAAAACGAGACAAGGUUACCUAAUCUUCCAUAUCAAAACGUGAUAGAAAAUAGCACGCAAGCGAGCCCGUUAUCAAUGAUAAGCAAUGAUCGUUCUGUGAUUCAUUCAGAUCGAUUCACAGGCGUAUUAUCGAAAAAUCAUACGAAACAAAUGUUUUUGGCAAAUAAAAUAAAAAAAUAUAAAAAAUGUUCCUGUAGGGAACAAUGUCCUUAUGCACUAUACAAAUUGCCGUGCAACAAAUACAAAUGCAGUACACCGGAAAAGAAAGUAGACGAUGAAAUUAACGAAUUGACACACAAGUGCUCAAGUUUUCAGAAAAAGAAUAAUUUUCCGAGGUUUGUAAAUGUCGAUACGGCUCGAGAGAAAAAUGAUGAACGUUUCGCGGAUUUUUCGCCGGUUAAAAUUAGAGUAGAUGAAUCUUCAACUUCUUCGCUUUCGGUGGAUCUCGAAGUUAAGAUUUGCAACGAUCAUCGCAAUUCGGAAAACAUCGAUGAAUUCUCCAAGCGAAGAAGAGCCAGAACAUAUAUUGUAAACAAAAAGAACACAACGAAAAAUGACUUAAUUAAAAAUUUUAGAAACGAGACUGAAUCGUCUUUCAAUAUAAUUUCCUUAUGGAGACACAUAAAUGAAAAAAAGGAAAAAAUUGAUGAAAUAAUAGAGAACAUAUUGUCCCAGAGAAAAUAUAUAAAUCCUGAAGAGAAUCAUCAAGGAAAUCAAAAAUAUAAAACAGAGAAUUUUAUCGACGGUCAUUGGUCAUUAAAAAACAAGAAUAAACAGGUUCAAUGUGCUAUUCCUGCACUAGCAACUCCGAUAUUAAAUGAAAAAAUACCUGUAAGGACUUUAAAUCCAAAGUUUCAACAAAGCGACAGCCUAGAUCAGUCAUGUCAAAGAACGAGCAGGACGAGAUAUACUAAUUUUUCUAAAACGAUAACUCAGGGAUGGAUGAAAACGAAUAUGCAGACGCAAACCAGGAAAUUCUCCUAUUUUAAUCAUCUAGGAAACAGGUUGUCGUUAUUAGCUGAUUAUGCAAAUGUAAGAAAUAUGAGCAAGAUGGAUGCAAAUGAAGAAAAAAAAAUUAGAGAAGAUAUUAUCGCUCGCUCGAAAGAACUCUUGGGUCAAAUAUGUGACCACGAUGAGGACUGGCGCAAUUGGAGAUCCGUAAAAGCAUUUUGUCCAUUUUGUUAUAAUCACAUCUCUGCUGAAAAACGUAAAACUCUCAUGUCUUAUCUUACUAAUUAUUCUCAUUUUCCAUCUAAAACAUUGAAUUUUGAUAUGAGUAAUGUAUCGGGCAGACUUUAUGACUGUCUUGAAAAACUCGAGAAUAUUACUGCCUGAUAUUUUCAUAAUCGUAAUUUUAUAUCAUCGUAUUUUAUCAUCUUCGGCGUUUAUCUUCUGAUAAUUAAUGGUUAGAAAUAGGAAUUAUAAUAUUGUCGUCAAAUGUGUGCACCACAUUAGUUAAAAUAUAAUUUAUUGUAGUUUUAACACAUUAUUCUUGAGAAAAUACACGUAAACAUACAUAAAUCACACAUUUGCAAAAAUGCAUUUAUACAGAUGUUGUUCGAUAUUUCUCUCAUAUAUGUUAUUACGAAUUCAAAAAAGAAUAUACAUUAUUGAUACAUUAUUUCCUAAUAACGCAUUAAUUAUUUAUGUUACUUAAUAAAAGCAAUUUUCCUCAUUCUAUCUAUAAUAUAAUUUAAACUUAAAACAUGUGAUGUGUACAUGAAUACAUUGCAAAUAUAUACUCGACAGGAUUCAGUUUUAUAAUAAGAUUGAAAACACGUUAUAUAUAAGUAUGUACAUGGCACUCCGUUUAUAUAUUUAGUCUCAUGGGAAUAAAUAGUAAAAUUUCAACAUAAUUUAAGAUUUCGGAAAAAAUACUUUGCAUACAUUAUACGAGAAUAUGGACGCAUUAAAUACAAUGGCGGACAAUUUUAUUGAUAUUGUUUAUUUAAUCAUUAAUUAAUGUCGCAAUGCUCCUAAAUUCAAUCUCAGAUAUUUGAAAAAAAAUUAAAUAUAUUUUUACAAACUUAUAACAUUGCUUAAAUAUAGAAAAAAACAUUGUUCUCUUAUUAUAAAGAAAAUAUAAUAGUACAUAUUAAUCGCGCAUAUAGAGAACAAUAGAAAUAACAAUUAAUUUCAAAUAUCCAGAUUGAAUUUUUUAAUGUAAAGUUAUCAUAUAUCUCAUAAUAUAAUAUGUACACAUUGGAAUACAUAAACAUAUGAGAUGAUCUAUACAUACUGAAUGAUUUUAUAGCAGGUACAAUUUUGCAUAUCUAUUAGAAAUGUACGUCACAUUUUGCACGAUAAUAUAGAACUUAGGAAUAGAGAGAGAACCUCAAUUAUAUAAAUUAAAUUUUUCUGCAAGAGGUAUAAAAAAGUAUAAAUCGCAUCGAUGAAAAAUCGUUUAAGUUUCGCGAAAAAUUCUUUUUUCUGAUAUUUAAAAA